AUGCACCGCUCUCCUUCGCUCCACCUUCGCUGCCUCUCUCCUCUCUCCCCCUCCUCUCUCCUCUCCCCCCUCUCUCUCCCUCCUCUCUCCCCCUCCUCUCUCUCCUCCUCUCUCUCCCCCUCCUCUCUCCCCCUCCUCUCUCUCCCCUCCUCUCUCAACCUCCUCUCUCAACCUCCUCUCUCCCCCUCCUCUCUUCCCCUCCUCUCUCCCCCUCCUAUCUCCCCCUCCUCUCUCCCCCUCCUCUCUCAACCUCCUCUCUCAACCUCCUCUCUCCCCCUCCUCUCUCCCCCUCCUCUCUCCCCCUCCUCUCUCCCCAUCCUCUCUCCCCCUCCUCUCUCCCCAUCCUCUCUCUCCCUCCUCUCUCCCCCUCCUCUCUCCCCAUCCUCUCUCUCCCUCCUCUCUCCCCCUCCCUCUCUCUCCCAUCCUCUCUGCCCCAUCCUCUCUCCCCUCCUCUCUCCCCCUCCUCUCUCCCCAUCCUCUCUCCCCCUCCCCUCUCCCCAUCCUCUCACCUCGUACGACUCAUUAAUGCAUCCGCUGAAAUGCACCUCCCUCACUCGCUCCACGUCCCCCAACCCCCCAUCUCCGCCCCCAUUCCCCCCCAACUCUCCGCCCCCAUUCCCCCCCAACUCUCCGCCCCACUCUUCCCCCCGCUCACCCUCUCCCCCUCCCGCCUCCGCCCGCCUGACCGUCGCCAUUAUUUCCGCCAGCUCCGCGUCUUUCAAUCCCCCGCUCCUUCCCCCGCUCCUUCCCCCGCCCCUUCCCCCGCCCCGUGAGCCGCGGUCCCCGCCGGUUCUGCCGCCGCGCUGUCCGCCCAGCCUGCCGCCCAGCCGCCCUCCAGCCGAUGACGUUGACGCGGAGGCGCCCGCAUCCGACGGAUCUUGCCGCCCAGAGCCCCGCGCCUCCCGCUCGGAGGGACCAGCGCUGAGUUCAGGAUCCGACGGCCGAGACGCGUCCGGGGCAUCGCCAGUCAGGCUGACGUCAUCGUCGGGCGGAGCUGACGUCACGGCCAGGGAAUCGGUGUCAAAUUCGAACCACGAUCCCCCCAUGCUUCCACCGGCCUUGCUGCACUUCUUGACACUGGUCCUCGGUUAUCUGUAUCCAGCAUACCUCUGCUUUAAAGCCAUUAGGAAGCGGCGGCCGGACGUCAAGGAGCUGCUAUGGUUCUGUCAAUUCUGGGUGCUCAUUGCCCUCGUUACCGUCACAGAGCGCCUGGCUGACCCCAUACUGGAACGGUUGCCUAUGUACCCGGAGAUGAAGCUGCUUUUGGUCAUUUACCUCUGGUACCCAGACAACAAAGGCACAGACCACUGA